CCAAAGCCGAGGAGCUCAGCAUCGCCUUACCCCGUACUUACCCCGUACCUCCCUUGCUUUUGUACCCUGGGGGUCAGCCUUGCCUUACUUCCAUACUUACCCCAUAAAACCCUUGGUUUUGUAGCCCUGAGGGUCCGUCCCUCCUUACUUCCACACUUACCCCAUAAAUCCCUUGAUUUUGAACCCCUGAGGGUCAGUCUCACCCCAUACUUACCCCUUAGAUCCCUUGGUUUUGUAGCCCUGAGGGUCAGCCUCUCCUUACUUCCAUACUUACCCCAUAAAUCCCUUGAUUUUGAACCCCUGAGGGUCAGUCUCACCCCAUACUUACCCCUUAGAUCCCUUGCUUUUGUACCCCUGAGGGUCAGCCUCUCCUUACUUCCAUACUUACCCCAUAAAACCCUUGGUUUUGUAGCCCUGAGGGUCAGCCUCUCCUUACUUCCAUACUUACCCCAUACCCCUUGCUUUUAUACCCCCGAGGGUCAGUCUCGCCCCAUACUUACCCACACAUCCCUUGCUUUUGUAGCCCUGAGGGUCAGCCUUGCCUUACUUCCAUGCUUACCCCCCACCCCUUACUUUUGUCCUGAGGGUCAGCCUUGCCUUACCCCAGAGUACAAAAGUCGCUGGGUGCAGUUCUGAGCUGGCUGCCCUUAAAAGGGUGGGGAACAUGGUUGUGGUCACAUAAGCUGCACACGCUUCUGCAGUCCUGCCCUUGGAUCUCGACCUUUCAGCGAGGUACGACACGUGGCGUUGUCUUGGGCUGCUGCCACCGUCCCAGCAGGACAUGUCUGGCUGCCCCUGGCCCAGGGCUGGGCUGUCUGGGAGCUGCCACGCACUUACAACAGUGGGUGCACAGGGAAGCAUGUGCUGUGAAGAAAGAGAUCCUCCGAGUGAGACGGUUUUCUACUUUGAAUCAGUCCGGGGGCAAAAAACGUCUCUUAAGAAGCUGGAAAACUAUGUGGCAGCGAUGGUGCUCAGCGCAGUUGCUGACACGCUGGGCUAUAACAAUGGGAAGUGGGAGUUCCAGCAGAGUGGCCCAGCCAUCCACAGGGAGCUGGCAGAGCUGGGGGGGGUUGGCAACUUGAGCAUCGAAGGUUGGAGAGUCAGCGAUGACACGGUGAUGCACUUGGCCACGGCCGAAGCCCUCCUAGCUGCUGGACGUUACCCCAGGCUACAGGAUCUCUACUCUCUGCUUGCAAAGAACUACAAGGAGUGCAUGAAUGACAUGGAGGGCAGAGCUCCAGGUUUGACGUCUAUGGAAGGCACAAAGAAGCUGCGCCCGGAGAAGCCGAACGGCUGGAGGAUCCCGUUCAACCCGCGGGCGGGAGGCUGCGGGGGUGCCAUGCGCGCCAUGUCCAUCGGGCUGCGCUUCUACCACCCCGAUGAGCGGCACACCCUGCUCCAAGUCAGCAUCGAGAGCGGCCGCAUGACCCACCACCACCCCACAGGCUACCUGGGGGCCCUGGCCUCAGCCCUCUUCACGGCCUAUGCGGUGAACGGCGUGCCCCCCCAGGCCUGGGGCAAGGGGCUGCUGGACACGCUGCCGCGGGCGAAAACUUACGUGCGGAACAGCGGCUUCUUCGUGAAGGAGAACAUGGAGCACUGGUACUACUUUGAAGAACAGUGGAGAAGAUACCUGGUGGGGAGGGGCAUAUCAGAUGGGGUCUCGUUGCCCACCUUCCCCGCCAAGUACGGCGUGGAAGAGAGGGACAAGUUCUACACAUCGCUGAGCUACGACGGCUGGGCGGGCAGCAGUGGGCACGACGCCCCCAUGAUCGCCUACGACGCGCUGCUGGGCGCGGGCGACUCCUGGACUGAGCUGGCUCUCCGCGCCUUCUUCCACGGGGGCGACAGCGACUCCACUGCCGCCAUCGCAGCCUGCUGGUGGGGGGUCAUACAUGGCUUCAAGGGGGUUCCCCUGCCCCUCUAUGCCCACCUGGAGUACAAGGACCGCCUGGAGAAGGUAGCCAAGGGCUUGUACGAGCUCUAGGCAGGGGGCAGCACGGGCGCGCUUACCCACCGCCCCUCCCCGCUUGCUCUGCAGACCCACUGGAUUAAAGCUUGUGAGCCUUUUCUCUCUG